AUGAGCACGACAGAGCCGCCACCGAGCUCGCCGUCGUCGUCGACGCGGGCGUCCAUGAGCAGCGACGUCGAGGUGCCCGUGUCCCCGCCAUCGGCGCCCGGCGGAUGGUACCAGCGCAUGGAGAAGGUCAAGAGCUCGGCGAUGGCGGCCAAGAACCACCUUACGCCCCAGCUCCUCCAACUCAAGGACAAGAUCAGUAGCAAAGCCACGUCCGCUGCAACAACGGGCCGCGAGAAGCUGCGCAACACGAGCGUACCAGAAGGCCUCCAGCCAGCGCUCGUGCGCGCGAAGGAGGGCAUGAGCAUCCUCAAGACAAAGCUCUCCUACUCGUCGGUCCAAGUCCAGAUCCAGGCCGAGCGGUUCCAAGCCAUGGGGCUUCGCCUCGUGACCGAGAUGAUGUCGGACUCGCAGAUGAUCGUCUUCAUUGACGAAGAAUCGUUCGGCCAUGCGACGGCCUUUCUCGAGCAGUACCGCCAUGUGAAGAGCGUUUUGCUGACGCACGACGGAGCGCCGAGUGCCAUCUGCUGGGACACGCCCAUCGUUCUCUACACGAUCCUCACGUAUCUCGGAAGUGUGCAAACCGUCGCACAGUGCACGGGCCUCAACUUGGCAACGCGCCGCCACAUCCACGCCGAGCGCCACGUGUGGCGCUACUGCGUCCGCUACGGCGAGCUCUCGCCCCAAGUGCGCAUCGGCUUUUGGAGCCACCUCACGAGUGUCGAGGCAACGCGCGCGGCGGCCGAGCACGACUACGACACGUACCUGCAGAUGGCGCUGUCCAAAGGCGAGUGGACCGACGCGAUCCAGACUGAUGUCACGCGCACGUACGGGCGUGUUGCGCCCCAUCGCCGGUCGUCCAACGACUGGACCGCGUCGAUCGAUACGGACGAAGAGCUCCAGACGCAGCUCGGCGCGAUCUUGCACGCGCUGGCAGGUCGAUUCCCCGACGUCGGGUACUGCCAGGGCAUGGACUACAUCACGGCGCACAUCCUGGAGCACGUCAAGGCCGCCGACCGCAAGUUUGGCGAGGCGUCGCCACAGAAGCGCGCCGCUGCGACCCAAGUCCAAGUCGAAGCGACCUUCUGGAUUCUCGUCGCGCUCUUUGAAAGCUACGGGCUCCGGCAAAUGUUCAGUCCGGGCCUCACGCGCCUCCACCUGCACUGCUACCAGUUCCGGUGCCUCUUCCAAGCCGCGCUGCCCGCCCUCUACGACCACUUUGAAGCCGAGCACGUCAUGGUCGAGAUGUACAUUGUUGGGUGGUUCCAAACCCUCUUCCUGUACCUCAACGCGCUGCCCAAGGAGACGCUGGACGCGAUCUGGGACAUCUUUCUCUUUGAGCGCAGCUGGAAAAUCAUGUUCCGCGCCGCGCUUGGCAUGCUCAAGCUCGCCGAGCCCCACUUGAUGGGCAAGUCCAUCGACGAGAUGAUGGUGUUUCUCAACACAUUUGGCGACAACCCGAGCAUUCUGCACAAGACGACGCUUCUCCCGACAGCGCUCUCGAUCAAAGUGACCAACGCGAUGCUGAAGAAGCUCGAGCGCGACCACGCCAAGGGCGUCACCCGCCGUCGCAGCGUCUCGGCGCCAAAGCAGCAGCAACAACAAUAA